AUGUUUCUAACCAGAACAGAGCGAGUGUGUCCUCGUGAUCCAGAUGUAGAUGCUCCUGUCACACGUAGGGAAAGGUUUUUCCACAUGAUAUAUCGAAUCAUGGAUGGAUUCUAUAGUAUCGAAGCUGUGUUUGCAUUCAAGACAACAACAGGCUUUAUGUUACUUUCGUUACCUGCUUAUUUGCCUCAAAGUGUCGGUUGGUUUACUGGCUGGGGAGGCCAAUGGGUAGCCAACACUUUAUUGAUGUGGAUGUUCCCUAUGGCGGGCAUGUUCAAUUUUACGCAAGUGAUAAUAUUAGGUUUAAUGGGUUCUGUGUCCGGGUGCAUUCUUAGCAUUGUUUUAUGGGAAAUAGUGCGUGGCAACCCUUAUGGAAUAGCAGCACUCUCUUUCCUUACAAUAACGUCAUUUCAAUAUCUAUUCUUUACAAGUCAGAUUUAUAGUUACUUAUCUGUUAUGACCCUGUAUACAUAUCUGAUGGUCACUACUACAGGCUAUCAAACAGCAGUGGGUGGGGCGCUGGAAAAUGACAUCAUUGAACUGGCAGCUGGCAAGAGAAUGGUAUUUGUUGUGCUAGGUAUCAUUUGCUCAUUCUUGGUCAAUUUGGUACCACGUCCUGUGACAGGUCGAGUUGAACUUCGUAAACGUGUAGCAAAUACAUUCAAGGACCUGGCAACGCUUUAUGGUAUUAUCUUUGCUGAUAUCCUAAUAGAUCGACCAGGGACUCCAUAUCCAAGUCUAAAUCAAGUUAAAGCAUUUCGACAAUUAGCUCUGCAUAUUCAGCGGCAAUUAAAAGACCAAGAAACAUACCUAAGAUUAUCUAAGCUGGAACCCCCUUUGCGAGGGCAGUUCCCAUUUGCAACGUAUCAGUCACUUAUUGAGAAACUUAACAACAUGGCUGAUUUAGUUGAAGGCAUGGCCUAUACUGCUCGCUCAUUGGAUAAGACAUGGAAGCGACCCUUGAUCGCCGUUUUAGACCAAGGAAAAUUCGAUUAUGUUGCUUGUCUAUUGACUGUGAUGCGCCAAUUAUCUGCCACGAUGAUCUCUAAAAUGCCCUUGCCACCUUAUAUGAUCUCACCUGAUGACUUGAAGCAUCAGUUUUCAGAAAACCUAUGUAGAGUAAUUUCAGAAUAUCCUGAACAAGUUCACAAUGAUACGUUUCCUAGCUACUGCGCUUACUCUGUAGCUUCUUAUACUUUCACACAAGAACUAAAUGAUGCGGCUGCUUGUAUAGAGAACUUAGUAGGCGUUGAAAACCCUCAGCAAUGGCUGUACAUGCAUAUCUGA